CACGCCAGUCCGGUAAUGUGUUCUAUCAAGGUUGCAAUUAGAAUCAAAGGACAAUAACCGUAUAAUAUAAAUGUUCAAACGGGAAAGUAAAAGAUAGGAUGUUUUGCGUGUUCGUGGCUUGCACGCUAGGAAGUGUGUGUCGAGUUAGGUAGCUUCUUCUCUCGCUGCUUCUUCGCUCGCAUCAGCGUCGCCUGAAUUAAUGCUGUUCUACAAUGAGUUGAAAACGCUCCGUCGCCAGUUGCAAAGAAUGGCAACCAGCGCUAUUUCCGGUAGCAAGAGGGUAACGCGUUGCCAAACGAGAGUUGGCCAACUUUUAACUUUGGCGACAGCAACUGACAAUCGCACCAUCUUAACCCUAUAAAGCGAAUUGCAAGAGCGUAGCGGAGCGCGGCGAGAAUUACGACAAAUGUGAUUUGUGGUAGGACAAUUUUUGGUAGUGAUAUCUUGAACGUCUGGUGUUCACAUAUCUCGUUUAACCAAACUUUCAAUUUGCACCUUUUGACAAUCUCGACAUUCAAAUGUGGAUUAGGCGUUGAAAUUACUUACAACUUGCAAUUGACAACUAGUCACUCGCGAUUUGCAACUACGCUUUGCAACUCUUUGUAGACACAGAUAUCUAUACUAAACUAGAUCGCUAUCUUCGGCUGAAUAGCUGUAUCCGGCAGGAUAUCCGGAUUCGGCCAUCUUACCCAACAAGAAAAUGGUGUCUACGCGUAGGUUGGGUUAGUGCGUAUGUGUUUGACAGGUUUGACAACUGAGCCGGUUGACCGCUGAGCACCGUUAAGUAUAUUAAUUGUGAUUAUCGAGUGUGUGUUUUCAAUAUCGUGUCAUAAUGCCAAGCAAUUGCUGCAUAACGGGUUGCAAAAAUAGCAAUAAAAAUAGUUUUCAUUUAUUCAGAUUUCCUUUAAAUCGGCCUGACAUAUUGCAAAUGUGGAUUAACGCAAUUGGAAGAGAAGGUUUUCAACCAACUAAAAAUCACCUUAUUUGCAGUGCACAUUUUAAAGCUGAGGACUACAUGGACAGACCAAACACAAGUGGUGUACGCUUGAAAAAUCUUGCUGUGCCUUCUAUAUUUUCUAAGGUUUCUGCUCCUGCAUUCAUACCUAAUAUAACUGAUUAUGUAACGAAUUCACCCGCUGCAAGUUCGUCUGCAAAAACUUGGAGGAGUAUAUUAAAGAAACCGAUCAAAGAUAUCGAUCAAUUAUCACCUAAUGUUGAUUCUGAGAGCUCAAGUACUUCUUCAUUAAAACAUACUCCAAUUGUAUUAUCUGAGAGUCCAAAAGCAACUACCAGUGCAAAUUCAAUUGAUGAUACAAUUAAAAUAACCACGGUAAAGAAACGGAAAAUAAUGGAUCCUUCAGUUUAUUAUUUAAAGAUGCAGAAAAUGUCUCCAAGAAAACAACGAAUGCAAAGAACAAUUAAGUCAUUGAGGCAGAAGGUAUCACGAAGAGAAGAAAAGAUCCGUUCAUUGGAGAGUCUAUUAAAAACAUUACGGUACAAUGACAAAGUAUAAAUACUGUGUCUGAUACAAUAUAUGUAUUUGAGCACCCAGCGUCAUUGAUUCUGUCCCUCGAAAAAUUUUCCAAACUGAGAAGUCGUUAUCUUUCUACAAACAAUUUAUAAUUAAUGUAACGACCAAUAAGCUCUAGUCGUUACAUUAAUCAUAAAAUGCGAGUAUGUAGAAAGUGUUGACUUCUCAAUUUGGAAAAUUUUUCGAGAGACAGUACUCUCUGAGACAGACUGACGCUGAGUGUACAGCUUUGUAGACAUAAAGUUGACAUACUCAAAUAUAUGUAAACUCUUACGAAAAAAUAUUAAUUAAUUGUGAUUAUCGAGUGUGUUUUUUCGAUAUCGUGCCAUAAUGCCAAGCGAGAGCGGCAUUAGUGAUUAGAGUGGCAUUGGAGCGGCCAUUUUGUUGUAGGUAAUAUGGCUGAAACCGGAUAUCCUUCCUGCCUCAAUGCUGUCAUAUGCUAAUGCCACAGGUUAGCGAUCUAGUUUAGUAUAGAUAUCUGUGUUUGUAGACCAACUUUUAAAGUCCCCAGAAGCAGAGGGCCAUUUAAGUGCCGCGGUCUUUGAGCGUGUUAGAGGGGCUUUCGCGUUACAAUUAAUAUUAAUUAAGAGUUGAUAAGAAUAAUAAUUUUUAAAUUCUUUUUUUAUUACUACUAUUGUUUACAUCAGAUAAUUUGUAAUGUUGAAAAUUCGUAAUUUGUGAUGCGCAAUUCACUAUUUACAUCAGAUUUUCGAAUAGACCGACUGUCUCGACAAUGAUUCUAAGCAGAACAGGGAGUUAUCACGACGUCAAAAUAAUGUCAAAGUGACUGGAAAAUGAUCAUUAAAAGUCACUUUUUGAUUCACUUUGAUGUCAUUUUGACUUAUUGUUUUGCUUGGGAUUCUAUAUCUACGAUGAAAACAGCCACUAUAAAGAUUGGCUAUGUGCGCAUUUGCAAAACUGUUUGCAAAGUUUAUCAUCAUGUUAAUGUGACAGUGAUGAUAAUUAAAUGCAUACUGAAUGUCUAAAGUCACGUCCGCGGAGUCAAAACAUACCAAGAAAUCAAGUCAAACAGUUCUAUGUUAUAUAAGAU